AUGUCAUCAGCAGCAGGAGCUGGACUUGGGCCACUUAGAACAACCCCUCCUCAAAGAGGUUCGUUCCCAUUAGAUCAUUUCGGAGACUGUACGGAACAGAUGAAGAAGUACAUGAAAUGUCUUGAGCUUGUUCACAACGAUAAUGCACCAAACUGCCGUCUUCUUGCAAAGGAGUAUCUUGAUUGUCGAAUGAAACACGAUUUAAUGGAUAAAACUGAGUGGAAAAAUCUUGGUUUGCCGGAUGAUCCACAAGAGUCCAAAGAGCAAACUGAACCGCAUAAAGACUAG